UAAGGAGGCGGUGUCUGCGGGAUUGCAGUACCACCGCCGGCCUGAGGAGGCGGUGUCUGCGGGAUUGCAGUACCUGUCCCUGGCUGAAGAGGCGGUGUCUGCGGGAUUGCAAUACCUGUCUCGGGCUGAGGAGGUGGUGUCUGCGUGAUUGUAAUACCUGUCCCGGGCUGAGGAGGCGGUGUCUGCGGGAGUGCAGGACCGGCGCCGAGCUGAAGAGGCGGUGUCGGGGGGAGUGCAGUACCGGCGCCGAGCUGAGAGGGGGCAGUGUCACUGCCCCUUUUUCUUUCUCUGGCUUCGGGCUCGCGGCCGCUUUGGUUCGUAACGGCUGCUGCUUCAAAAUGGCGGCGCUCCCGUAUCCGCAGGCGGCGACGGCGGCAGCAACGGCAACGACGACGACAACAACAGUAGCGGCGGCCGCCUCUGCCUUUCCACGGCGGGGCCUAGGGGAAGAACAGUUGCUGCCAGCUGUGGAGCCUGAGGAGAUCGAGCGGCGGCUGCAGAGGACCCGCGAGGAGCUGAGCAACAGGCGGAAAAUCCUGGUGAAGAACCUGCGGACAGACAGCAGCAGCAGCAGCAGCCAGGAGAUACAUGAGCUUCUUAAAGACUAUGAAUUGAAAUACUGCUAUGUGGAUAAGAACAAAGGAACUGCUUUUAUUACUUUGCUGAAUGGAGAACAAGCGCAGGAUGUCAUUCACAAAUUUCAUAAGUCCACUUUCCAGGAAAGAGAGAUAUCUGUUCAACUGCAACCUACUGAUAGCUUGCUUUGCAUUACCCAGCUACCAUUGUCCUACACUCAACAACAGUUUGAAGAGCUGGUCCGCCUUUAUGGGAAUGUGGAGAGAUGUUUCCUGGUUUAUAAUGAGACUACUGGUCAUUCAAAGGGUUACGGUUUUGUCGAAUAUAUGAAGAAGGACUCUGCUGCUCGAGCUAAAUCUGAACUUAUGGGGAAACAGCUGGGGCCUUGCACACUGUAUGUGCAGUGGACAGAUGCAGAUCAUCUCUCAGCUGAUUUCCUUCACUCGAAGUGCCUUUGUAUAGAUAAAAUUCCCCACGAUUAUAAGGACACAACGGAGCUGACAGAACUCUUCUCUCAGAUGUUUAAGCCAGUUUUCUGUCAGCUUGCCCAGGCCUCAGGUAGCCAUCCUUCUUUUGCAGUGGUGGAGUAUGAAACUGCAGACCAAGCAGAAUUAGUGCAACGAUCUACUGAUGGAAUAUUUUUUGGCGGUAGCCAAGCCCGUGUUUCAUUUUGUGCACCAGGGCCUCAGGGUCGCAGUACACUUGCAGCACUAAUUGCUGCUCAGAGGUUGUUGCUGAACAGCAGGAAGGGCCUUCUUCCAGAACCUAACCCGCUACAGAUUUUAAACAGCUUGGGUAAUCCUGCUGCAUUGCAGUUACUACUGAGGCCUUACCUCCAUGGUUAUGCUGGCAAGCAAAAUAUUUUGGGAAAUACUAGCAACAUGCCAGUUCUGCCAAAUCCUGCAUUGACUGCAGCCCUGCUUCAGAUAAAUCAAACACAGAAUGCUGUGUUGGGAAAUGGACUGUUUCAGAAUCUAAUGCGAAUGCAGGCAGCACAACAGAUGCUCGUAAACAAGGAGAAUCCAGCAAUCAACAAUAAGCCUGGUUUGCUUGGCGACCCAUCUGUUUUACUUCAAACUGCUUUGGGCCGAGGGCCAACUGCAAUGAUGAACCCUGGGAAAGGAAUUUUGGCUGACUCACCAAAGGGUCUUCCAGUUCCUGCAUUGCCUGUUGAAUUCACUAAAGUGGGCACUCAGCCACUGGUGGGGACCUUAUCAUUUCAGUCCAAUCAGAAACUCCUGGGACAAAAUACAAAUGAGCAUAAAUCAAUGUUGGAAAAGCCAAAUGUAGUCAUUGGGCCAUCUCCAGUUUCUGCUUCAAUGACUCAGGCACAUCUUCAAGGAAUUCCUAAUUCAUUUCUGAGCAGCUUGACCAGUCAGCAAAAAGCACAAACCCAGCCUAAAGUGUCAAUGAGUAAUGCUGUUUGGACUACUACAAUGAGCAACCAGACGUCAUUGUUGGGAGUCCCACCACCUGAUCUAAAAAUACCGAACAAUCCUUAUCUUAACUUUUGCAAUAUACUGCCAAAUCUGAAUUUGCAAGUUGGAAAUGCCAGUAAGCAUAACCCUGGGCAACAGCAGACUGGAGUUCUGGAAUCCAUGUUAAAUCCAGCAAUCUCAAGGGCAGCCACAGCACCUGAAAUGCUACAGAUGUCCACCUCCCAGUAUGCAUUUGACUGCUAUCCUGAGUACACAUCAAGCUGUGGGGAAUAUUCGCAGGAUGCCAUGCAACAGUGGUACCAGACCUAUGUUCCAUCACACAACUCCUCUGAGGCGUUUGUAGCAGGAUGUGAAAAAGAACAGUGUGAGGUAUCAGCCCCAACUUUUGUUCAGACAUCCGCAGCUCCUGUUGAAGUGUUCUAUAACCAGCACACGUCUGUAAAUACCAAUGUGGACUAUAGUAUGGCAGUGCAAGUGGUGCCUUCGUAUUAUGCUGGAAGUCAAACCUAUUACCCUGGAAGCAUUCAAAGUGGCCAAACCACCAAGGGGUCUCCUUGUGCUACACCGCAGCAGUCACUUGCUCCAGGGGCUGGAAUCCUGGGUCCAGCACCAGUGGGAAACCCGAUGUCUAAUGUCAAGUCUCCAGUGACUGGUCAGAAACGUGCAUCUUCCUACCUCCUGCCUUCCCCUGAAGUGAGUCCAGAUGGAGGCUACGUUGGACAGCACUCGCAGGGCCUUGGUGGCCAUUAUGCUGAUUCCUAUUACAAAAAAAAGAGGAUAUUUUGAUUUAUUGCUGUUAUUUUUGCUGCUGUUUUCUCUUGCUUAAUGCUGGAACGUAUGUUUAAAUGUGAAGCUGCCCUUUGUUGAUGCAUUUUCUGUUUAGAAAAUUUAUUUUCUUUCAAAAAAAACAAAAGUUUUAAUGGUUUCCUUUAAGUUUUUAUGUUGAAAUAGGAUUUUUAAUCUGAUUCCCCCUACUUCCCCCAUCAUCCCUCCCAGCAUCACAUUACCAUGCAUUUUGGUUCGUGCCUGCUAAAGGCAGUCUUGACCUCCCAUUGUUUUGAAGGCAGCUGCACAAUCUGGUUUCAAAUUUCUAUAGUUAUGGCGGAGUGGGACCAGUUUUAACUUCUCUCAAUCAGUCUUCAUGGAAUGUGCAGGAAGAAUUAUAGAACUUUUCUGCUUAAUCACACUUCAGUGUUUCACAUUAGAAUGUAUUAAGAUUUUUGCGAGGGAGGGAAAAGGUCAUGGGGGAAAAAGAUUCGAGUCCCCCCUCCCCCCCCCCCCCCCCCCCAAUUAUCUUUCUUUUCAAUCAUUUCACAUCUGGUACACCUCUCUAGUUUAGCUAUUGAAUUGCACUUUUUACAGAUUUGUUUGCAUAUGUGGAAUGUUUUCGAUGUAUAUGGAAAUUAGCUUUUUUACCAUGGAUGAACCACUUGUUUUCUGACUGCACUAACUGACAUUUAUUUGAUGUAGUUGUCCUCAUAGUUACACUAUGCAGUAUGGCCUGCUCCCACUGACCAAAGCAAAGAUGUUAGGGUUUUUUGUGUUGCAUACAUCAUAUAUCACUUAACAUUUAAAAAUACUUUGUGUUCUUUUUUGGCUGCUUUGAAGGUCCUUGUUUUAUUGAUGGGAUGGUUAUACUAUGAAAUAAUUUUUAAUGCUGAUUCAUGUAUUUCUGUUUUUGAUUUAAUAUGGUAUGUGAAUUACAAUUUUUGGGGACUGUGGGUAGUAUAGUCCUAGUUUGCUUUUUUUAAAAAAAAGUUUCUAACUUUUACCAGGGAAAAGCAGGAGUGCAUUUCACUACACUUGAAUCAUAAACUGUGGUUUACUUUUCUGUUUUCUUUUUGAAUAGUAAACAAAGUAAAAGUCUUAAUCACUUUUCUGUUUUUCCUUGUCCUUUUUAGAUUUUUUUUCUUGAUGAAUUUUGUGAUUUUAGUAGCUUUUAGACUGAAAGGUGGUACUGGCUCAAGAUACCCAAGGUAUUAUCUUUUAUACUAUAGGGCUGCAACAUAAAUAGGGCAGUACUCGAGUCCAUGAAGGUAUCAUGACUGAGCUUAGAUUCUAUGGAGCUUUUGUGAAACACAUAUGGUUAUAUUCAAAGUGCUUUUUGUUACCCACUACCAUUCUAUUCCAGCUAUGGACAGUUAAAUCUAAUUAUACAAGUUAACAAUGUGAUUUUCAAAGAUGUUUGCAUUACUACGUUUUCACAUCUAAUGCCAGAAAAGUAGGGAGGAAAUUAGAGAGUUGUGAUUUAACACUUAACAAUCUAUGUAUUGUUGGGGCAUUUCAAACUGCACUUCGGAGUUUGAGAAGACAGUUCUUUGCUUCGGGAUUUAAGUAGGUAAACCUGAGAGAUUAGCAAUACGUUCAAUGCUUUCUUGUAUAAGGUUGAGUACAAUCUGGAGGGUACUUUCAAUUUCAAUUGCAAACAUACAAACUAAGGGCAUGAGUAGGCCCUUCACUAUUCAAUAAGAUUGUGACUGACCUCAAAUCUAUAUUUCCACCUAUCUCUGAUAACCUUUCAACCUCUUUACAAGAACCUACAGGUCUUAAAGAUAUUCAAAAACUCGCUUCCACCAUCUUUUCAGGGAGACAGCAUUCCAAAGGCUUGUGGUCCUCUGAGAAAAUAGUUUAGCCUAAUCUCGCUUUCAAAUGGGCAACUCAUAAUUUUAGUGUUUAGAUUCCCCCAUGAGAGGAAAAAUCCUUUUCACAUCUAUCUGUCAAUAUCUCUAAGGAUUUUUGACGAUUCAAUCAAGUUGCCUCUUAACCUUUAUAAACUCUAGCAGAUUCAAGCCUGUCCAACAUUUCCUUGUAAGAUAAUUUGUCCAUUCUAGUUAUUAGUCUAGUAAGCUUUCUCUGAACUCCCCCGUCCCAUGCAUUUACGUCUUUCCUUAGUGACCAUUACUGUACAUCAGACAAAGUCUGACCCAGUGUAUAACUGAAGCAUCUCAUGUUAUUCAAUUUGCUUCUCAAUACAAUUAAUCCUCUAUCCAUAAGUUCUUGGCUAUCAAAUUUGUCUACUCAUGCCAAAAAGUGGCAACUAGGUUCAACAUCCACAGGUAUAUCGUGUAACUGAUUUUUUAACCUAUUUUAAUGAGUUUUUAAUUAAAUUUUUAAUGGGUUGUACACGUUUGAAAUUCAUCAUUCAGGGGAGUUCUUGGAAAUGCAGCACUCUCAAAUAUGGAGGAACGACUGUCAUUCUAGUACCUUUCCUAAUUGCUUGCUGGAUCUUCAUGCUAAACUUGUGCAAUUCAGGGUCAAGCACACCUAGAUGCCUCUGCUUUUUGGAGCUCUGAAAUUUCUCACCAUUUAGAUAGUAUUUUUUUAAUCCUCCUCACCAAAAUGAAGAUUCAUAUUUUCCCACAUUAUACUCCAUUUGCUACAUCAUUGCCCUCUUCCUUAUCUUCUCAAUAUCUUUUUCUAACUUUCUUGUGUCCCCUACCUGUCAUCAGCAAAUUUGUCAGCUAUACCUUUUGUCCUUCCGUCAAAGAUGAACAGUCCACUCAUCUGCUAGUGUCAUCCUGUGGCACGCCAUUAAUUGCAUCUUGCCAAGCUAAGAUAGACCCAUUUACACCUAUUGUGCAUUCUCCUAUCCAUGCAAAUAUAUUACCCUUGCACCAUGAGUUUUUAUUUGAUAAUAUAUUUAUUUAAUUUGACAGUGACACUGGCAGAUGAAUGUACUGUUCAUGAUUUAGUACUCCAAUUUCAUAGUUGCCAUGCACUAGUCUCUGCCAUUUAAUCAAGAUAAAAUAACUCUAGACUAGAAUCCCACCUUAAAUUUGAAGAGAAUGGUGAAAGAGUAUCCAGGAAGAGUAAUCUUGUGUUAAGUGGCUAAACGUUCUCUAAUAGAUUGAAUGAUCAGUAUUUGUGCAUUGAAUUAAGAUCUCUACAAAUUUUGUAGAGUACAUGAUUGUUGCUGGACUUCUUGAGACAUUUAAAAUUUCAUAAUUGGCUGUGUAACUUUGGUGGACACAUUGGCAGAUAGAUUGCUAUCCAAGGUGAGUAUUAGAUCAGGUAGUCUUAGUAAGACCUUAUAUUGAGACCUAUAUUUCAGCUGCUGAUAUGUUCUGACUUCUGGUGUUUGUGCUGAUUUCAGGAAUUUUGUUGGACUGUAACUUUUAAUGCCAAAGGGAGAACAAACUGGGAGUGAUGCAGCUAAGCUUCGCAGGUGGUGGUGUAAGAUAUUUAUCCUAAUUUGUCUAACAACCUUCAAAAGGGUAUAAAAAAUUUCAAAAAGUCUUUCUGGUCACAAUUUCAGCAAUACUUGUGGAUUAAGGAAAGUGGAUACUGUAUAACUCUGUCCCACCUUUAUAAACUUUUUGUAGGCUUUUUUUAAAACUAUGUCAUCCUCAGUUCUGUGUUCACUACUUGUGGCUUAUUUAAAUACUCUGCAAUAACAGUUAACAACCCAAAUAAAAUCCAGGCCAUUGGUAAAUUGCUUUGAUUACAAUUUGCACUUUUCAAUCUCAAUAUUUUGCUCAGUGGAUUGUUAAUGACAAUGAGAAGUAGUGAUUGCAACCAAGACAGUGACCAAUAAGCAAAAGAAUGUGGGUGGAAGGAUAAUCUGUGGGUGGACUUUUAUCAGCUCAGUAGAGAAUUGCUGACUGGGAUUUAAGAUGAUGGUAGAUGACAUGGGACAUGUUUUCACCACUGGUGCUUUUCUUAGAGGCAGUCAGGUUGGUGGGUGGAUUAAUUUAAAGAUGACAGGAAAGUAAUUACACUAAUUAAGGUCAUUUCAUCAGUCUUUUAUAAUUUUGAGGUGCACGGGUGAAUAAUAAAGGUUCCAAGUACCACCAGUUAUGUGAAAUUGGAAAUUCAGUGGAAGAUUUGUUAUUGAGAGAUGUGAGUAAACAGUUAUAGCAUUCUGGAAGCUAGCCAAACUUGUCACACUUGCAGUGCAGGGAGAGGUGGGAAACCUUGAGAUUGUGAGUGCAGUAAUUUGCAUCGAGGUUAUUCAUUCAGUAAUUGUAACCUCUACUGAGAGUGCAUCAGAAAUAGAAAGCGAACACUAUUAAAACCAGGGCUGCAGCAUCUAAAGGGAGACCAAAAAGGGUGUGAAAGAGGAGAGCACAGAAAGGCAUUGUCCAACAAUCUACCAUUCGACUCAGCUUCCUGCAAGUGAAGGAGUGCCAGUGUCACUCAACACUGCCUCCCACAGGGGGAUGGUCACUGCUGUAUGUUAUGGUGGAGGAGCUGAAUCCUGAGGAAGUGGUGGAGACCCAUUGUUAAAACAGGAUAAUUUUAGGGAUCAUCUUAAGAUUGCUAUUAUACCAGUUUGCGAAUCACUGUUGAAUCUGGUGAUGACCUGAUUCCCAUUUCUCACUAAUCCGGCAAGGCACAGAGUAUUUUCCAGAUGGUGACCAUCAGCUGCCAUCAAGGUUCCUUCAGAAUAGACACAAACAUUGAACAGGUUUUAUCCUUUCUGUUAUUGAAUGUACAAGUGACCUGUGACUAGUGCCAGUGGUUUUUACAAGAUUCUGGAAAGCUGCCAUUGUCAUACCAAGACAUUCUCAGGUGGCUGAUUUUUUUUUUCAAGCUUCCUGGGUACCUUUUGAUCCAUUACUGGGUGAUGAGGGCUAUCAACUGAAUGCAUGACUCCUGUGUGCCAAGUCACAACUUAGAACUGCAGGUAUACUUUGUUGCUGGACAAUUUGAGCACAGUGCCAAUACUUUGAUAGAUUAAGCAUCCAUUCCAAGAGUAACCUGAAGCCUCCAAAUGAUUUGACAGUUAUAUCUGUAACCUUUCGGGGCACACCUGUCCCUCCCUGUUCAUCUGUUGGCAUUUGAUCAUUUUAGACACCGGGCCUAAAGGCAAGUAUGUCUAUACAUAUUUCUGGCAGCCACUAUGUAGUUUGGAUGGUUUCUCCAUGACAGCCUCCACACUUUCUCUAGAGUAUGUUAUUCAUAGUUCCGAUAGAUUUCUUUACCUUGCAUGUAUAGGUUUGGAAACCCUUUGGAAGUUUUGCCAAAUGUUCACACACCUCAAACUGUAGUGUGAGCACCUGUAUCCAUUGAGGCCAUAGAGAUGUUAUUGGUCUGAAACUCUGCUUUGCCAUCUUCACCACCACCACCCCCCCCACACCCCCCACUAAAUGUCCAACAGUCCUCUGGGUGCCCAUAAUUCGUACAAUCUCCACAGUAAACUCAGCACUGAAAUGCUCACUAUGAUCCUUUACUACUUUUGUGCAUAUACUGUUAUGUCAGUGGGAGAAUGCUAUUUGUUGCAUCCUCAGGUUACAAACAGAGGCCCUGCAUCUGGCUGUUCUUGGCCAUUACCAAAGAGAGAGUGCAUAUGUGAGAAUGUCAAGAAGGCAAUGUGAAUUUCAACAUUUGCUGAGGCUGAAAGAGAUAAGUGGAAUAUGGGGUAUAAGAGCUAUUUGCUACUCAAGCCUUCUCUCCCAUUCAACAAGAUGGUGACUGAUCAAGUUGUGGUCUUAACUCAAUUUUCCUGUUUGCUGUACACAGCUCUUGACACUCUUGCCUAUCAUUAGUUUAACUCCCCAUGAACGAAUUCAGUGACCAACCUUCACUGUUUGCUAGGGAAGAGAAUUCCACACAACUACACAGAAAUAAAAGCUCUCCUCAUGUUAAAUGGGAGAAUCUUUUAUUCUUAACAUUGCCACCUGGUUAUAUUCCGUCUCCGCAAGCAGAAACAUCCGUAAUCCAUCCAAUCAGAACCCCCAGGAUUAUGUUUCAGUAUGAUCACUUGGCUUUGGUCUGAACCUCAAUGACUAUGGGAAUCUGUUCAAGCUGUCUUCAAAGCCCUUAGCACAGGACUGAGUUGAGUAAACCUCCUCUGAAUUAUUUCCAAUGUGAUAUUCUUUUAUUAAACAGACUAAAAUUAUGCACUAUACUCCAGAUGUAGCCUUACCACAAGCCCUGUACUAUGCAGUAAAAUUUCUUUUUGUUGUAAUAGAUGAUAUUCAAUUUCCAUUUCCCUUAUUUGCUGUAUUUCAAACUGUGAUUCACGCACCAGGGUACCCAGAUCUUUCUGUAUUUGAGCUCUAGAGUCUUUGUUGUAACUUCUGCUUUUUUGUUCUUGCUGCGAAAUUGGGCAAAUUCACAUUUCCCACAUUAUACUCCAUCUUCCAAUGUUUUGUCCACCCAUUUCAGCUGUCUGUUUGUCUACCUUCUCUUGACAAUCUGCAUUCUUGCUUGGUAUGGACAAAUUUAGCAAAUUUGAUGUAGGUUGUAAAUAAUUGACCCCCUAGCACUGAUUCUUGUUGUACCCUACAAAUUGCAGCUUAAAAGACCAAUUUAUGCCUAUUAUUUGUUUCCUGUUUAGUGUAGGUGAGGGACUGGUGAGCUAAUAGAUUACCCUGUAUUAAGUGCUUUAUCUCUGUUUCUUCCAUUCGCAAUAGAUUUGUGCUCGUGUUCAUGUAUUAGGCUAGUUGCUCUCUUGAGUUCUCACCAUCAGUGAUCGCAUGUCAUUCCUCCCAGUGCCAGUGCUACUGUCUCCAUUGCUGUGAGGAUAUUUCCAAUUCUUGUUGCCUCAUGUGCAACCAUUUUGUUAGCAGUGUAACUCUUGUGCCAAAGAGCAACUUCCUACAUAUGUCUGUUCAGUACUGACAGUGUUGACAUCAGAUUUGUGUCCUCCACAGUGUGUUCCAUGAAACUGAAGCCUUUCAGAGACAUUGAGAGCCUUGCCUGAGCCAUUGCUACUUUUGGGUCCUGUCUGCCUAUCCCUAAUUGGCCUUGAAAACAGUGGGUCUGCAGUGCUAUUUAAGAGAGUCUGGAACCGUGUAGCACGUUUGCUUCCCUGAAGGGCCUUAGCAAACCAGAAUUUUUUUGGCAAUUGUAAACAUUCUAGUCACUAUUUCAUUGGGAGGGUAGUGUGGUAAUCCAGAUGUGGGUUUGGAAACUGCCAUUUGAAUUUAGCUUUUAAUGCCAGAUUUUUAAAAUAUUAUUCUCAUGGCAAACCUGAGAUUAGUUAGCAAGCGCAAACCUUUUGAUGUGAAUAUCCAUUGGCUUUAUCAAAGUCAAGAUUUUAAAAGUCAGAAUAAAGAUCAGAAUUGCAGACAAACUUGAGUUAAUGCAGGAAACUUGAGGCUGCUGAGGCAGAAGCCAUGCUUGAAGUGGCUACGGUUUUAAAAUUGUUUUGGCACUGUGGCAUGAGGUAGGGUUAAUGACAAGUGAUAAAUCUUGGUUAUUAUUGAGUUACCAGAUGUACUGUCAAUCUGAGCAACAAGGGGUUGGAUUGGUGAUGUCUACUAACAAAAACUUAGCAAGCUGGCUUCGAUUUUGUUUGUAUUAGAUUGAAAGAAACCAGUACAACUUGCACAGGUAUAAAUAAUGCAGAACAAAAAUCAAAGUAGAGAAUAUUGAAUUAUAAUAGGAAACCACAAAUUACUAAUACUAAGAUCGUAUUUGAACUGUAUCUACUUGUUCAAAAUCAAAGCAGAAAACAUUUGAGCAGUCAGACAUAAUGAUCGUGAAUUUUUAGUUAUGAAUACUGGACUUUAUUUGUGAAAUGAGAUUCAAGUAAACAUGGAUGCAGUCAAGAAACUGGAAAGUUUUGAAAAGGUAAAUUUGGAUGCUUAUUGUUAAAUUGCAUGAAGUGAACAUGAGGUGAGAACGUCAAACCAAUGAAGACAAACAUAAGACUAGUAUCUAAUAUUCUAGUUCUGUGAACAAUAUUUGCAACAGCAUCUUGGAUCAAGUAAUGAAAAUACAAACCCUGAAGUUAUUGAAGAAUAAAUCUAAAUUGCCUUCACUACUAGCUGUUUUAUAGUGUGCAGCUGAGUAGUUUUUAAAAAAACCUAGUCACAAAGAAAACUGCCAAAAAUUCAGAUAAAUUGAAAUCCCAUUACAUUAAAAGACUACAAUGCAUAAAAGCAUUAAAUUUUAUAUUGAAGUGCCAGGGACCCAGGUUAAAUUUUAGUCUUGGGUAAUGAUGCACACUUCACAUUAUCCCAUGCCAGUGUGGGUUUCUGUUCUCCAGUUUCUUCCUAUAGUCCAAAGGUUAGGCAGAUUGACCAUGCUAAAUUCCCCCUUAAUGUCGAAGGAUAUGCAGUCUCGGUGGAUUAGCCAUGGUAAAAAUAUGAAGUUACAGGGAUAGGAUGAGAUGCUCUUUGUUGGUCAGUGUAGACUUGAUGCCAUUUUUCUGCACUAGGGAUUCUAUGAAUCACUACAAGCUCUCAACUACCAUUGAGAGAGCAUGGCUAAAAUUGGGAGAGCUGCCCCACAGCCUAGUCAAGGAAUAAAUUGACUGAUGGAGACUUGACACAGUUUAGAGAGCAAACUUUCUCCAAGGUGCAGUAUUGCACUACCAUCAUUGUGAAUGUGGAUACGUUCAGAACUGAGAAUGCCAUUCAAAUGACAUCCAUGAGAAAUUCUGAUCCUGCAACAACAAAAUUGUAUUCUAUCACAACCUUUAUGCCAGGGGAACAAGUUCUUUUUCAAUAAGGAGUGUAGGGGAUUAUGUCAGGAGUAGUACUAGUUGUAUCUAAAAAGGAAUUGCCAACCUGGUUCCAUUACCAUGUAGAACAACUUAUGCUAAAUACUCUCUCCACUAAGCCAUGGAACAGAGUUCUAGCAUCCUAUCACAUCCAGUUAUAAGGUUCACUAGUCAUCCAGUUCUGUUCUUCCUGCUGUUCUUAGUCUUCUCGUAUUUGAUGUUCUUUGUUUUCCCAGAGCUGACAAUUUAAAUACAUUGACUUUUGCAGCAAAAUAUAUAAACAUGAAUUACGGUUAUUAAAAAAAUAAAUUUCCUUUCAAAUGCUAUAUAGCCAGAAACUGUUUGGAAUGUACCACGUUACUUUAGCACAAACUGAUUUAUAAGAUUUGAAACCAUGUACUUUUUAGUAGAGAUUAUAACCGUAUGCUGAUGUUUCUGCUUUAAAAUUUGAUUUUUGACCAUGUCAGAAUUUCAUGGGUAUAAUAUUGGAUUCUAUGUAUUGGCUUUAUUUUGUACACUAAAAUAAAUUUGUGUCAAGUUACAUACUUAA